GGAAACCAGAUUUACCAAGAUUACUGAAAAUGUAACUUUUAAUCGUCACUUGGAUCCCAAAAAGAUGGAUCCAUUAAGCAGGCCUGUGGGACAUGCUAGUGCUAAUCAAAGCGCGAUUCAAAGCCCAAGAACACCUUCAAAAUCUCAACUUUCAACCACUUCAGCAGCAGCUGCAUUGCCAGCAAGCAUGAAGACAAACGAAGCAAAGACUUUUAGUUCCAUUACCAACCAUGCCAAUUUGAGUGGCAGAAGCUCUACCCGUUCCAACAGUUUAGAAAGCUCCGGUGGGGCAAACAAGCCCCACACAGGGCGUGAUGUCAGAUGGGAAGCCAUUCAGUUUGCCAUUGCCAGAGGUACAAUCGGUCUUAGCAACUUUAGGCUUCUCAAGCGUCUUGGAUACGGUGACAUUGGUAGUGUCUAUCUUGUUGAGCUUAGAGGGACUAAUGCCCAUUUUGCUAUGAAAGUAAUGGACAAGGCUUCUCUUGCAAGUAGAAACAAGCUGUUAAGGGCACAGACAGAGAAGGAAAUUCUUGGACUUCUUGACCACCCAUUCUUGCCCACUUUAUAUACUUAUUUCGAGACUGAUAAGUUCUACUGCAUUGUCAUGGAAUUCUGCAGUGGAGGUAAUCUUCAUUCUCUUCGGCAGAAGCAACCUAACAAGCAUUUUACUGAGGAAGCAGCACGAUUUUAUGCAUCAGAGGUGUUGUUGGCUCUUGAAUAUCUGCACAUGUUAGGCAUAGUAUACAGAGAUUUGAAGCCAGAAAAUUUGCUAGUUAGAGAUGAAGGACAUAUCAUGCUCUCAGACUUUGAUUUAUCGCUUCGUUGCUCGGUGAGUCCAACCCUUGUCAAGUCUUCAUCUGUGCAUGUAAGCAGCGGCAGCGGUGGUGGUGGUGGCAUUUUGGAUGAUGAGUCUGUGCAAGGUUGUAUGCAACCAUCAACAUUUUUCCCACGCAUACUGCCUGGUAAAAAGAACCGAAAAUCCAAAUCAGACUUUGGAAUCUUCGUUGGAGGGUCAAUGCCAGAAUUAAUGGCAGAGCCUACAAACGUACGAUCGAUGUCAUUUGUUGGCACACACGAGUACUUGGCCCCUGAGAUCAUACGCGGAGAAGGUCAUGGCAGUGCAGUGGACUGGUGGACUUUCGGCAUCUUCUUAUAUGAGCUAUUGCAUGGAACAACUCCCUUCAAAGGACAAGGAAACAGAGCUACAUUAUUCAAUGUUGUUGGGCAGCCAUUGAAAUUUCCAGAAAAUCCACAGGUCAGUAUGGCGGCUCGUGAUCUGAUAAGAGGACUUCUAGUGAAAGAACCCCAUAAAAGAAUUGCAUACAGAAGGGGUGCCACAGAGAUAAAACAGCAUCCAUUUUUCGAAGGAGUGAACUGGGCUCUAGUCAGAAGUGCCUUGCCUCCACACAUACCUGAACCCGUAGACUUCUCACAAUAUGCUAGCAAAGAAGCGCUCCCAGCUGACAAGAAAGGGCCAGACGUUGGUGGUGAUAAGAACGAUGUUAGCCCUCCUGAAAAUAAAAAUGAAUCUUAUAUAGAGUUUGAAUACUUUUAGGAAUAAUUCCAUUCCAUAUUUUGGCCGAUCCAUAACUUGCAAUCUAUGAGAGAAACUGAAAUUGUACAAAGAAAAUUUCUUUAGGGUGUGCCUAA